AUGGAGGAGUUCCUGAAGCAGUGUCAACAAUCCGGUGACGCGGCGUACAGUGCGCUCCGAUCACUCCUGGAGCGACUGGAGAACCCGAAUACUCGAAAAGAUGCCCGGAUCUUCCUGGCGGAGCUCCAUAAACAAUUCGACACUAAAGAAGCGUCCGAGAAGUGCCUCGAUACAUACCAUUUCCAAAUUCAGGACAUCUACGUCGAACAAUAUGAAGGUUUCGAGAAGAGAAAGAAACUAACACUGAUGGUCAUACCUAGCAUUUUUAUACCAGAAGACUGGUCCUUCACUUUUUAUGAGGGACUUAACAGGCACCCAGAUUCUAUUUUCAAGGACAAGACAGUUGCUGAACUCGGUUGUGGCAAUGGAUGGAUAUCCAUUGCAAUUGCUGAAAAGUGGUCACCCUUAAAGGUUUACGGGCUCGAUAUUAAUCCAAGAGCAGUAAAGAUUUCAUGGAUAAAUCUGUAUUUAAAUGCUUUGGACGACAGUGGCCAGCCAAUUUACGAUGGGGAGAAAAAAACUUUACUUGACAGGGUUGAGUUUCAUGAAUCCGAUCUGCUAUCUUACUGCAGGGAUAAUCACAUAGAACUUGAACGAAUUGUUGGAUGCAUACCACAGAUUCUUAACCCUAAUCCCGAUGCAAUGUCCAAAAUGAUUACAGAAAAUGCUAGCGAAGAAUUCCUACAUUCUCUAAGCAACUAUUGUGCUAUCCAGGGCUUUGUGGAGGACCAGUUCGGCCUGGGGCUCAUUGCACGGGCUGUUGAAGAAGGAAUUUCUGUAAUAAAACCGUUGGGGAUUAUGAUCUUUAAUAUGGGAGGUCGCCCAGGACAAGCUGUAUGUGAACGUUUGUUUGAGCGCCGUGGUCUCUGUAUUAACAAGCUUUGGCAGACUAAAAUUCUACAGGCUGCUGACACGGAUAUUUCAGCUUUAGUUGAAAUUGAAAAGAAUAGUCCACAUCGUUUUGAGUUUUUCAUGGGGCUUGUUGGCGACCAGCCAAUCUGUGCCCGUACAGCGUGGGCCUAUGCUAAAGCCGGGGGCCGUAUUUCUCAUGCUCUAUCGGUCUACAGUUGUCAACUUCGUCAACCUAACCAGGUAAAGAAGAUUUUCGAAUUUCUCAGAAAUGGAUUUGAUGAUAUCAGCAGCUCCUUAGAUUUAUCCUUUGAAGAUGAUUCUGUUGCUGACGAGAAGAUUCCAUUCCUUGCUCAUCUCACUAAUGUUUUAAAAGAGAUAUCCUUUUUUCCUUACGAGCAACCUGCUGGAAGCAGACGAUUCCGCAGUCUCAUCUCUGCCUUUAUGAGAACAUACCACCGUAUUCCACUAACUGCAGAUAACAUUGUUGUAUUUCCUUCAAGGACUGUUGCAAUUGAAAGUGCCCUACGCUUGUUAUCACCGCGACUUGCCAUUGUUGACGAACAAUUGACCCGGCAUCUACCUAGGCAAUGGUUGACAUCACUAAGCAUUGAGAAGACUGAAGCUGCAAAAACUUCAGAGGAAGAUAUCACUGUUAUUGAAGCCCCACGCCAAUCAGAUUUGAUGGUAGAGUUGAUUAAGAAGUUGAAGCCACUGGUGGUGGUCUCUGGGAUAGCUAAAUUUGAGUCCGUCACUAGCGCUGCAUUUGAGCAUCUUUUAGAUACCACCAGAGAAAUUGGAUGUCGUUUGUUUUUAGAUAUAUCAGAUCAUUUCGAGCUAUCUAGCCUCCCCACUUCUAAUGGAGUCUUUAAAUAUCUUGCUGGAACUCCUCUUCCCUCACAUGCAGCAAUUGUUUGUGGCUUACUGAAAAAUCAGGUUUAUUCAGAUUUGGAAGUAGCUUUUGUUAUAUCUGAAGAAGCAACAAUGUUUAGAGCAUUGUCUAAGACUGUGGAACUUUUACAAGGAAAUACUGCAAUAAUCAGUCAGUAUUACUAUGGUUGUCUUUUCCACGAGCUUCUAGCUUUUCAGCUUGCUGAUCGACAUCCACCUGCACAGAGAGUAGGUGAGAAGGCAAAAGCUAAAGAGGCGUUUGGCUUUUCUAGCUCUGCUAGCUCGGUCCUCGAUUCUGCUGAGUUAUCAAUUAACGAAACAGACGAAUCUCCCCUGAUUCAUAUGGAUGUAGAUCAAAGUUUUUUGCCCAUAACUACACCAGUUAAGGCUGCCAUCUUCGAGAGUUUUGCAAGGCAGAAUAUUGCGGAGUCGGAAAUUGAUGUCACGGGCGGGAUCAAACAAUUGGUUCACUUUAGUUACGGGUUUCCAUCUAAUGGUAAUACAGAGUUCAUAUAUGCAGAUUGUCCGGUGGCAUUGUUCAAUAAGUUGGUACUCUGCUGUAUUCAAGAGGGAGGCACUUUUUGCUUCCCAGCUGGUUCAAAUGGGAAUUAUGUGUCUGCUGCAAAAUUUUUAAAAGCAAAGGUUAUCAACAUCCAAACCAAUCCAGAAGUCGGAUUCAAGUUGACUGAGAAAACUCUUGGACGUUCGUUGGAGAAUGUCCAUAAACCGUGGAUCUACAUUUCUGGUCCAACUGUCAACCCAACAGGCUUGGUUUACAGCAACGAAGAGAUAAAGACUUUAUUGACUGUAUGUGCAAAGUUUGGGGCAAGGGUUGUACUAGAUACCUCGUUCUCGGGGGUGGAAUUUAACUCCAAAGGCUGUGAUGGCUUGGAUCUAGGCGCUACUAUGGAGAAACUUUCCUCUAUCAACCCGGAUUUUUGCGUCUCUCUUCUUGGGGGACUAUUUUUUAAGAUGCUUACUGGUGGGAUUAAAUUUGGAUUUCUUCUUCUAAACAAGCCUUCUCUGGUUGAUGCAUUCCAUAGCUUUGGAGGGUUAAGUAAGCCUCACAGUACUAUAAAAUACACACUGAAGAAGUUAUUGGAUCUUCAAGAGGCGAAAUCCGGGGACUUGUUGAAUGCUAUUGCUGAGAAGAAAGAACUUCUGGGAAGUAGAUACAAACGCUUGAAAGAGACACUCGAAAAGUGUGGUUGGGAGGUACUCGAAGCUCAAGCCGGUGUGUCAAUUGUAGCAAAACCAUCUGCUUAUCUUGGCAAGAACGUUAAGAUUAAGAAUGGCGCCGGUGCUCGGGCAAUCAAGCUUGACGACUCAAAUGUUAGGGAAGCCAUGCUCCUGAGUACCGGUUUAUGCAUCAACAGUGCUGCGUGGACUGGAAUUCCUGGUUACUGUCGAUUCACAAUUGCAUUGGAAGAAAGUGAUUUCAAACGUGCAUUAGACUGCAUUACUAAGUUCAAGAGCGUCAUCACUAAUUGA